GCCGGAAGAUCCACCCACAACUUUUCUCUCUCUAUUUAAUUCUAAUCUUGACGCUUAAAAGAGCAGGGCUACAACGUAGUCCUAUUGGACUGCAUACUAAAAGAGCAAUACUUGUGCUUUCAAAAAAUUUGGAUUUCGAGUUUCUAAACUCAAGUCUGCUGUAGUAAUUGAACUGUUUAGUGAGAGACAGCGGCUGGUGUAUAAAAUGCUGAAUUACAAUCUUCUCAUUCUUGAUUGGUAGCAGCAGAAAAAGUUGAAGCUUGCAGAUUCUACCAUUGUCUCUGCCAAUAUUAGCAGAAAGGAAGGGAUAGUCUAGACCUUUCGGAUAUGGCUGCUACAUCUGCAAGGUGGACUGAUGGUCUACAAUUCUCGUCAUUGUUUUGGCCGGCCCCACUAGAUGUGCAGCAGCGGAAGGCGCAAAUUACUGCAUAUGUUGAUUACUUUGGUCAAUUUACAUCAGAGCAAUUUCCUGAAGAUAUAGCUGAGCUGGUUCGCCACCGCUAUCCGUCACAGGAAAAACGUCUGUUUGAUGAUGUCUUGGCAACGUUCGUCCUUCAUCAUCCAGAGCAUGGGCAUACCGUCAUUCUUCCGAUUAUUUCAUGCAUUAUUGAUGGUACCAUGGAGUAUGAUAGGAGCACUCCAUUUGCUUCAUUCAUUUCCCUUGUCUGCCCAAGUGAUGAUAACGAGUAUUCUGAACAGUGGGCACUGGCAUGUGGAGAGAUUUUACGAAUCUUAACCCAUUACAACCGGCCGAUUUUUAAGGCCGAUCGUCAGCAAAAUGUUACAGAUAGAAGCAGCAGUGGAAGCCAAGCUUCAACAAGUAACUCUCCAGAUAGUGAAACUUCUUCACCAUCUGCGCAGAAUGACCUGAAACCACUGAGGCCUUUGUCUCCCUGGAUUACUGACAUCUUGCUCGCUGCGCCUUUAGGCAUCAGAAGUGACUACUUCCGCUGGUGUGGUGGUGUCAUGGGAAAAUAUGCUGCAGGGGAACUCAAGCCACCUUCUGUUGUCAUGGCUUCUUCUCGAGGAUCUGGAAAGCAUCCACAGCUAGUUCCAUCAACUCCUAGGUGGGCUGUUGCUAAUGGUGCUGGUGUGAUAUUGAGCGUUUGCGAUGAGGAAGUAGCUCGUUAUGAGACUGCUACUCUGACUGCAGCUGCUGUUCCUGCUCUUCUACUUCCUCCUCCAACAACAUCCAUGGAUGAGCAUCUUGUUGCAGGCCUUCCAGCUCUAGAGCCAUAUGCAAGAUUGUUUCAUAGGUAUUAUGCGAUUGCUAGUCCAAGUGCUACCCAGAGACUUCUUCUUGGACUUCUAGAAGCACCACCAUCAUGGGCUCCAGAUGCUCUUGAUGCUGCUGUUCAGCUUGUAGAGCUCCUGAGAGCUGCAGAAGACUAUGCAUCCGGCAUGAGACUUCCAAGAAACUGGAUGCAUUUGCACUUCUUGCGUGCAAUUGGAACUGCAAUGUCCAUGAGAGCUGGCAUUGCUGCAGAUUCUGCAGCUGCUUUACUUUUCCGGAUACUGUCCCAACCUGCUUUGCUUUUUCCUCCUCUUAGACAAAUUGAAGAAGUUGAACUUCAAAACGAACCUCCAAAUGGUCACAAUCCAAGCCAUAAAAAGCAGAGAGAAAUGCCAACAACUGAGGAAACGAUUGAUGCUACUGCCCAGGGAAUUGCCUCGAUGCUCUCUGCACAUGGACCUGAAGUUGAAUGGAGAAUAUGCACCAUAUGGGAAGCUGCUUAUGGCUUAAUUCCCUUAAGUUCUUCUAUUAUUGAUCUACCUGAAAUUAUCGUUGCGGCGCCUUUGCAACCUCCCGCCUUGUCAUGGAACCUGUACAUACCCCUUCUUAAAGUUCUCGAGUAUCUUCCUCGUGGAAGUCCAUCUGAAUCUUGUCUCAUGAAAAUCUUUGUUGCUACUGUUGAAGCAAUUCUUCAGCGAACAUUUCCAGCAGAGUCCUCGUAUGAUCGAACUAGGAAAACGACACAUGUUUUUGGAUCUGCCUCCAAAAAUAUUGCCGUGGCAGAGCUUCGCACAAUGGUCCAUUCCCUCUUUUUGGAAUCAGGUGCCACUGUAGAGCUUGCUUCUCGACUACUUUUUGUUGUAUUGACUGUUUGUGUAAGUCAUGAAGCACGGCCUCAUGGGGUUAAGAGGCCAAGAGAUGAAGAUAGUUUUCCUCCUGUUGGUGAAAAAUUGGAAGCAAUGUCCGGAAAGCAGAGAAAUUUGGCAUCUAAAAGAUUAAAUAAGCAAGGACCUGUUUCAGCUUUUGAUUCUUAUGUUCUAGCUGCAGUCUGUGCUCUUGCCUGUGAACUUCAGAUCUUCCCAUUGAUUUCAAGAGUCGGUAAGCAAUCAAACUCGAAGGAUGUUGCAAAAUCUGCAAAAGUGGUUGAAACUUUCAAUGACUUCCGGAGUAGUAUCGACUCUGCAGUUUGUCAUACUCGUCGAAUGUUGGCCAUCUUAGAGGCACUAUUUUCCCUGAAGCCAUCUUCCGUUGGUACCUCAUGGAGUUAUAGUUCGAAUGAAAUAGUUGCUGCUGCUAUGGUUGCAGCUCAUAUCUCCGAACUCUUUAGACGGUCAAAGGCUUGUAUGCGUGCACUCUCUGUCCUGAUGCGAUGCAAGUGGGAUAAGCCAAUUCAUUCUACAGCAUCUUCACUAUAUAACUUAAUUGAUAUUCACAGUAAAGCCGUUGCAUCGAUUGUCAAUAAGGCAGAACCACGUGAAGCCCAUCUACUGAAUGCACCUCUGUGGAAAGAUGCUCGUGUGUGCCUAAAUGGUAAAAGACAAAAUAGGGGCACAAAUGCUGCUAUCAGCUCCGGGAAAGGCCAGUCAUCAAGCAAGUGUGAUGAUUCAAGAUCACUACGUACAUGUGAGGAAGUUUCCACUUUGUGCGAGGAUUCAGAAAAAGGAAUAACUAGUUUUCCAUUCAAUGCUUCGGAGUUGGCCAACUUCCUGACAAUGGAUAGGCAUAUUGGGUUUAAUUGUGGUGCUCGAGUCCUUCUAAACUCUGUACUGACAGAGAAACAAGAGUUAUGUUUCUCUGUUGUUUCAUUACUCUGGCACAAGUUGAUUGCAUCACCUGAAACACAACUUAGUGCAGAAAGCACUUCUGCCCAGCAAGGAUGGAGACAGGUGGUUGAUGCACUAUGCAAUGUGGUGUCAGCAUCACCAACAAAGGCUGCAACUGCUGUUGUCCUUCAGGCGGAAAGAGAAUUGCAGCCUUGGAUUGGUAAAGAUGAUGAUGCUGGUGAAAAGAUGUGGAGAAUCAACCAGCGUAUUGUGAAGCUGAUUGUGGAGCUAAUGAGAAACCACAAUACCCCCGAGUCAUUGGUAAUAAUGGGCAGCGCAUUAGACCUCCUGUUGCGUGCCACAGAUGGGAUGCUUGUUGAUGAAGAAGCAUGUACUUUACCACAACUGGAGCUUUUGGAAGCAACGGCUAGAGCGGUUCAACCGGUGGUUGAGUGGGGAGAAUCUGGAAUGGCAAUUGCAGAUGGGCUCUCAAAUCUUCUCAAGUGUCGGUUGGGGGCCACAGUGCGGUGCCUAUCUCACUCGAGUGCUCAUGUGCGUGCCCUUAGCACAUCGGUCCUUAGAGCCAUAUUGCAGGUGGACAAUGUUAUGGAGUGGGAGGGAGAUGUAAUAAGUAAAUGUCUAACAUGGGAAGCUCAUAGUCGAAUGGCAACAGGAAUGCCGAUUCAGUAUCUUCAUGCGGCUGCUAAGGAAUUGGGAUGUCCCAUAUUAUCCAUCUAGAUUUCAUUUUCAUUUUCAUUUUCUACUAACACGUAAUGUAAUGUUGAACUUAACGAUAAUUAACCGCUUGUACAGUAGUGUAUCAGUAGUAGGAUUUAAUUGUGUUUGACAAACAUCAUGUAUGUAACCUUGAGCCAGAUAUACAUGUAUUCUUUUUGACUCAUGAAACCACUUGUAAUUCUUCC